CUCUCUUCAAGACCAAUACCAUGAAUCCUUCUUUCUCCGCCAAUCAGAAGCAAGAAAUAUCUCGAAAGAGAAAUAGUGAUGCUAUCACUAAUACUAAUUAUAGCCAUGAGAAUCAUUUACAGGCAAUCAUAUACAAAGAGGCAGAAGAGACCAGUGAAAGUGAUGAUCAAGACCUAAAAAUACGGCGCAAAGUACAGAACCGAGCAGCACAACGAGCUUUUCGAGAACGUAAAGAACGUUAUGUCAAAGAACUCGAAAAAAAAAUCGAAUAUGUUCAAGACAGCCAUGUACUCGCAACCACAAAGUUAUACCAAGAAAACCAACAUCUUAGAUCCAUCAUAUCUCAUUUGGAAUUAGAAAACAAUACACUCAAAGGUACACAUGGGGCUUCUUGGCUGGAUACAGUGCCACCUCCUGUAUCAUUGCCAGUUCUCAAUUCAUUUCCUUCUAUCCCUUUACCGCCAUUGAAAAUUCGACCUGCUCCUGUUCCAGAUAACAAGCUAAAAAAAUCUGCUCAAGAACUCACGCUAAAGAAAAAAAUAUCAGUCAAAAUAAAGUCAUCAGAUCCACCAACCCAACCAGUUCGAACGAGCGCUACACAUUCAUCGCUUACAUUUGCUAUUACUACACCUGCAAUUUUGAGGUCGAGUCAAGAGGCAAAAAACAACCAAGUUGAGUUGAUUCAACUGUAUCCAGAUCAUUGUCAUCCUGCAAACCGCUUAUUACCGAAUCAAAAAUCAUCCUCACCCUCAUAUAGUAGUAACAGUAGUUGCUCCAGUGUUACUAGUUCUCAUAACCAAGAGGAAAUAGAGGACUCUUCUAACAAAGAUGGUAUCGUAGCAUCCUUUCUUAAUCAGUCUUAUUUUGAAGACAAUCAUGACUGGAACAUGGUCUUUCUCAACUGAAUAAACUUUUUUUGUUCCGUUAGUACCCGCACGAAUGAGUAAAACACAACAGCGUCAGGGUUGUGUGACAAUAGUUAGUAUAGUAUCCAAGCUAUGCCAUUGAUUGGCGCAUCUAAUAAAAAGUAUGACAUUUUCCUAAAUGAACGAAUAGAGCCGAUUUUUUUUGCUAAUUACGUUGCAUUUGAGCUUGGGAAAAUAAGAAUUAGAUUCAUAAAGCGUGAUACAUGCUCGAUUUUAUUUCUUGGCUUAUUUUUCUUUUAUG